UGGGUGUCAGAGGUCUCCAUUCAGCGUGCAGGAUAGAGGACAGCAGUGACGGAGAUGUGUGACCGUAACGGCGGCAGACGCCUGCGGCAAUGGCUGAUCGAGCAAAUCGAUAGCUCACUGUACCCCGGACUUGUGUGGGAAAAUGAUGAGAAAAGUCUGUUUCGUAUCCCAUGGAAACACGCUGGGAAACAGGACUACAACCAGGCAGUAGAUGCCUCUAUAUUCAAGGCCUGGGCGCUAUUUAAAGGGAAGUUCAAAGAAGGCGACAGAGCGGAGCCGGCGACAUGGAAGACCAGACUGCGCUGUGCGUUAAACAAGAGCCCGGACUUUGAGGAGGUAACAGACAGAUCCCAGCUGGAUAUAUCCGAACCCUACAAGGUCUACAGGAUUGUCCCAGAGGAAGAACAAAAGUGCAAGUUGGUGGGCAGCUGUCUGAACGAGAUGACGGAGAGGGACUGCAGUUCCUCGGAAAUGGAGACAUCUACAGAAGAUUAUUUGGCUAUAAUUAAGCGCAGUCCAUCCCCAGCAAAGGAUGCAUGUCAGAAGCCUCUUCUGCAAGAUUGGUGGUUCUAUCCUCCUAAUACAGGAUCGCACGCAAUGGACGGGUACACCACGUACAUGAGUGAGCAAGUUCCGCACGCGUUUUCUCAGAUGAUCCUUCAGUUUUACUACAGUGGGAAAGCAGUCAGCCAAGUCACCACGUCGCGGGUAGAAGGGUGCCGCCUCUCCGUAAACCAGCCCAUUACCGGAGAGAAGAAUCAUGUGACAGAGAGUUUAGAGAACAUCCGCUUCCCAUCAGCUGAGUACAUCGCCAGCGAGCGCCAGCGACAGAUCACUAAGAAACUGUUUGGCCACCUGGAGAGAGGGGUCCUCUUGUCCAGCAACAGACAGGGGAUUUUCAUCAAGAGGCUGUGCCAAGGAAGAGUGUUCUGGAGUGGCAACUGCAUGCAGUACAAAGACCGAUCUGUCAAGCUGGAGAGGGAUGAGAUCGUGAAGAUAUUCGAUACCAAUCAAUAUAUAAGAGAAUUCCAACAUUGUUACUCCAACCAGCUGAGACUCCCAGACAGCAAAGUGACGUUAUGCUUCGGAGAAGAGUUUCCGGAUGGGACCCCGGUGCACCUAAAGCUGAUCAUUGUGCAGAUUGAACAGCUUGGCCUGAAACAACUAAUAGAUAACUCAGUGAAGAAUUACAACACAGCUAGCCUGCAUUUACUGCCAGACCCCCAGAUGGACCCAGUCCAGCGCCUCCUCCCGGAACCCUGCACAACGCACCAGCGGGCAUUCUACAGAGAGACACCGCAGAUCACCGUCUGAACCCGGACUAAGCGUGAUCAUUUGUACAUUCCAGAAAUAAAUGUUUAUUUUUAUAGUUUCUUUAUAAAACUACUUUGUAUAGUGGGGUUUUGGAGGUAAAGGGGUAUUAUUUUAUUUUUCUGUAGAGAAAUAUUUUGUGAGGUUUCUGAUUCUGGUCUUUUCAAGUCUCCUUCUUCCCCGUUAUAUCUGGAGAGUGCUACCAAGGGGAUGUAGUUAAAUUGACAACACUUACGCUGCCAACAAUUGAAAUGUCAACAAAGUGAUAUUGACAGGUGAAUGUCGACUUCAUAGUAAUGUUAUUUAAUGCAUGUUACCCGUAUUGGCAUGAUGACUUUACUGUCACGUUUAACGUUAUAAUGCCGACACAGCUAAUAUGCUUUUGACUGUCCAAAGCAUAAGGGUUGACAAACCGUAUGCAUCCCUUACCAAGAUCCCCUUUCUGACUGUAACUGUAUAAUAGAUUUCCUGUACGUAAUAAGUAUCCGGUAACAGACUGAAGGAUCCCAUUUAUCUGUCCAGUUUAUUAAAUUGUCCCAGGCGGAGCAUCCUGACGAGCUGCAUUUUCCCUAUAAAUGACCUUGUCCAGCAGCAAAAGCCCCAUUUUUUUUACAGCUCAGUCCAUCAAAAAUAGUACAUUACAUUCACAAAUCUGUGUGUGUGUUGUUUUUUAUACAUUCACAGAUCUUGAGAUGAGUUGCUGUGUACCUGAGCACAAGUUAUUGUCCUCUGUUAUCAGGCAUUCGUCCACUAAUUAUCCACAAAUAGGACAGACUUAUAAAGCUACUUUUUCUCAGGGCAGUACUUAUAGCCUAAGUUCCAGCUCUCUCUAAUCGCUCUAGCAGGUAAUUUCAUUACCCCAAACUUAUUAGUUUGAAUUUAUUGGUUUGCUUGCACCCUCCUGCAACUUUUUUGGAACGUAUUCGUUUUAUCUUACUGAAUUCCUUUUCUGUGUUUCAGUUUUAUUAUUUUUUCAUUUACAUUGACAGGCUGAGUUGUUUUUUUUGUUGCCCUGGAACACUACCACAUAAAGCUGCAUCCUGGAUACAACCGUGCUUGCGUGCAGAGAGCAACAACAUAAAUGAAACUGCCUGAUAAUUUAAAAAUGUGACUAAACAAUACUGAAAGGAAUCAGGAAGAUAGAGCAAUGAAUUUACUACAAGUUGAUGAGAUUUGCAAGCCAGUAAAAUUAGUCAUUUGUAUCAGGGGCAUAACAACCAGAGGCAAUGGAGACGCCUGCCUCCAGACUCCAAGCCCUCAAGGGGCACCUGCAUGUGUUGCUGCAGAGCUAAUGGUCUCUGUCGCUGGAGCUUUGCAAACACCUGCAAUAGGGGACAGGACGGCUCCUGUCUGGUACUGCCCAGCCUAUGCUGCAAGCAAGCGACGGUGCACCAGCGGCUGCUGCUGGACCGUGAGGUGGGACUCGCCAGUGAACGCUGACUCUGCAUGCUGCAGACGACUGAAUCUCAUGAGUGUGAUACUGACCCACCAGCCUUGGUCAAUUCUCUGGGGGCUCUGGUUCCUGUAGACCAACUGAGAACGGUAUCUAUAUAAAUCUCUAAGUCACGUGUGUGGUGUGUAAUACAUACUGUAACACGGGUACUGUAAAUAAGGACUCGCAGGCAGGUUCUCUGGUUACAACCACAGUGUCUUUACUGGCAUGACACUUGUAGCACAGCAUACACAGGCUUGGGCCUAGUCACACAGGUACAUACAGAAAAACAAACAGAUGAACAUAAAAGUUCCUAGCACUUCCCGUGCUGAAAAGUCACUCUGCUGCAGUGGCUUGCAGCUACACAUGCCAUACUCUCCUGUCCACAGUCCCUGGCACUAUAAACUGAGCCCCACUCACUGGUCUCUAACAGGCAUCAGUGCAAUGCAUUGUGGGCAAAUGUUAUUUUUAAACCCUUUUCCUGCACCUGACUUCCUGCUGUCUCUGGGUGAGCUGGAAAACCCAGACAUCUGUUUCUCCAGUUGCAGCUGUGCAGGCCUUGUUUUCUUCUCCCUUGGAGUGAGCUUGAUCUUACCAGAAUGUGGGCAGUUGUGAGACACAAGCCCUCUCACCGCAAUACAGACCGCAAUCUGCACAAUAAACCUGUAGCCUACGGUUCUGUGUCUAAAUCUAUUUUGCAUAUUUACAGUAAUACACAAAUUUAGAAUUCACCGUUUCUCUUGAUUGUGAGACACUGACAGUUCAUAACUGACCCUCAGACAUGACAUGAAAUGUGUACACCUCAGUUAUUACAUAUGUAACUAAUAAAUGUGUUUUGUAUGUUUUGGGUGAUAUUUCUAUACUAUGAUGUUAAACUACUGAAGGUGGAUUCUGUGAUUCUACAUCAGACAUUAUUUGCUGUAUUUAACAGAUAAAUGAAGUGCUUGGUUGGAAUAUUGAGCUUUUAACUAUUGCUGAAACAAAGUGAAAUGUGUUGUAGAUCACAUAAAUCAAAUGACUCUCUAGCAAGCGUGAAUUGUUUGAUCUCAAUUUCUGUUUAUACUAAGGAUGUGCCAAAUCUUGGAUUCAGGGGGUAAUUCCAAGUUGAUCGCAGCAGGAAUUUUUUUAGCAGUUGGGCAAAACCAUGUGCACUGCUGGGGGUGGGGGUGGGGGGGCAGAUAUAACGUGCAGAAAGACUUAGAUUUGGGUGGGUUAUUUUGUUUCUGUGCAGGGUAAAUACUGGCUGCUUUAUUUUUACACUGCAAAUUAGAUUGCAGAUUGAACACACCACACCCAAAUCUAACUCUCUCUGCACAUGUUAUAUCUGCCUCCCCUGCAGUGCACAUGGUUUUGCCCAACUGCUAACAAAAUUCCUGCUGCGAUCAACCUGGAAUUUCCCCCCCAGUUCGGAACUUGUCUGAAUCCUAUGGAUGUUUGGCAAGAUUCUGACCAAAUCCUAAUUUUCAAAUAAUUCUAUAUGGGCAUUUGAUGUCAGCAGAUAACAUUUAAGCAAAUAUUUUAUCCUGCUAAAUUGUAGUAUGUAGUAGGAUUUAAAUUCAACAACAGUAAAAUUCUAUAUUGGAUUCAGAGCAUCCUUACUUUAUAAAUAUAUUUUCAUUGUGGCCCUAUUAUUUGAUGCAAAAAUAUAUAUAUUUGUUACAGAUGAUGGCUCAUUUCUUUUUAUUUAUUUGAAUAUUGCUUAAAUAAAAUGACAUUUUGUAA